AUGGGCAGAGUGAACCACAUUGCGAAAUUCUUACAAGAGAAGAAGUCUGUUUCCAUCGUCAUGGAGUUUGAGUUAUUGUAUCUGCGAACGCUCAAGUCUCAGAAACUCAAUACCAUCCGAAAUAUCACUUACAACGUCAGCAGCGCCCGCCAUUAUUCCAUAUUCGAUUUCUUAGAGCUCUACAGCUUUGCUCAAUUGUUCUCAAAGUAUGCGCCCACAUUCGACCAACUUGAUUCGGUGACGUUUGAGUAUUAUCCAUGCUACUGUCAUACGCACUUCAAACCGCAAUUACAUGGCGAUGAUCUCGAAGAUCACCUUCGUGACAUCUGGAACGGCAUGACCUGCGAUGCGAAAUGGCGAAAAUUGGAGGAGUGGUUCGGUGGGGAUCGUUCAACACAAAGUCCAAGAUGCUGGGUUUCCCAAAGAAACAUUUACACUGAAUUCCCCCAAUUCGUGACCAUGGGAAUGAUGAGAUUGUUCGGUCUGGCUCUUUUGCUAAAGAAUGUGAGCGUGUCACGUUUGCCGAUACCUGAGGUAGUUAUCAGAGAUUUCAAGCACACAGCCUUCGAAGAGACAUAUAAUGAUUCAUUGGACCAAUCAAGCUGCAUCUACGAUGAUCAGAUCGAUGGAGAAGAAUGA